CCUGGUUGCUCUGUCUACCCGUUCGACAUCCCAAAAGGGCAAUAUCUCAACUUUGCCAAGACAUGCUGCAACAUACGGGCGCCAAACGUCUGACCGUCUCCAAAUCACUGGUGUUUGGACAUAAGCAAACGAACUCCAUCCAGGUCCUUAAUAAAGGGUCCAUGAACAUGAUAUUAGUUAAGGAUUCAGGUUUAUGUCUGGUCUUCUAACUGUGACAGUUGUGAUCCUCCGCACCCACCAACGCCAUGCGCUCGGAAGCGGAUGUUGUCGUCCUCUCUUCCACACCGGAUAAGAUACCCCCUCGCCCUCCUCCAAGACUUGACUAUGAUUUAGAAAGAUUUUCUGAAUCGCCUCCGAAGUGCUCGUCUCCCUUUACGCUGGUGUCCCCAUCCGAGCUUUUCAAAACUGGUACACGAUCGAGGUUUUUCAACACGACUUUAACACGGCAGAAAAAGUUGGCCGGGGAAGAUGAUUCAAUGGAUCUGGGUACGAAGGAAAAUGCUGCUGAAGUGCAACCAAGAAGUGGGAAUAGAAAACCUGCAAAGAGAACGAAGACGGUUCUGCAACAUGCCGACCCUAUCGUUUUGGAACAGACGAAGACAAAGGCUAAGAAGUCAACCAAGGGAAGCGGUUCCAAGAAGCCAAUGACCAAGCGCGAGGAAUUAAGUAAUAUGACUUUGAUGGGUAAGGUUGAGAAGGUCGGUAACGCGCAAAAUAAGGGAUCUCGAAAGAAGGGGGAAGCGCCACCAUUGUCUUCUACGUCUCCAUCUCGACAUAGUGCUACAAGAAGACAAGGAGAUUCGGAGAUUAAAGACCUACAACUGGAAAAAGCUCUGAGGAGGAGGUUGGAUUGGACUCCACCUAAGGCUACUGCCUCCGCAGCUCCCGAAGUGAAUAGCGAAUGUGAGACAGGUUCCAAUCAGAAAGGCACCAAUCGGCAUGGUUUUAAGGAUAUGCUAUCUGCGUAUAGCUUCGAUGAGGAUAUCUCUUCUUUGAAUCUUAAUCAAAGCACGGUUGAUGGUGGUCCGACAAAGAGAAGAAGAAUAGAGCUGGUAGAUUACGGGAUUUUCCCCAUCUCUAAGACUAGUUCGCUCGAUGCGAAGAAUAAGACUCCUGCAGACGAUGGAUCUUCAGCAAAGAGGCCUAAAAAACAACGGAGAAAGGCAACGACGCUGACUGCCCGUGCAACGGCCCGAUACGCUUCUGACGAUAUCUCUAAGCAUUCUGCUUCGGGGAAAGACUCCAAUAUAAUCGAUGAAGUAGGCGUUGACGAUACUCUCACUUUAAGACUUGGGCGGAGGACAAAAUCAAAACCAAACGGCAAGGAUAAAGCCACUGAAUACAAUAUUUUGUCGCCCGAAGCCGCAGCCAAGUCUCUUCAGGAACAGGACUUGCUAUUUGGCACCUGCAGCCAGUUGGAGAAGGAUGAUUCACCGACAACAUUGAGAGAGAUACAGAUGGCCAUUGAUGCUUCAGAAAGCUGCGUGUCUACAAACCAACUUUCUUCUACAAGAGCAGCAGAGCAGACGCGAUCAUCAUUUCCCACGACGACACGCUUUGCAGGCUCUAGAAACCUGUGGUAUGUUGCCGCAAGGGAUUCCGAUGGAGCUUUGGUUCACAAUGAGGUGGUGGAUUUGGUUAGUUCACCUGAACCUUCUGGAUAUUCUCCGAUAGCCUGUGACUCUGGAUGUCCUGGUAUAGAGGUGGCGCGACAAGACGCAUUUGUUGAAAUUGAUGAUGGGCCCGACUCACCGUAUGAGGUAUCUAAUGACAAAGAACCUUCGGCAUCCCAAGGUGCUCAUGCUGCGACAAGGAAGGAGCCUGCUGCUGUUGCUGGACCUGUCGUGUCUGGUGGUCGAAAGAAAGAAACUUCCUGCGGAAUUGAAGACAGUGCACCUCCAAUGCCGCAAUACAGUGGGUUUACGGAUGCCGAAUUAUCCAAGGCGAUUGCGAGUUACGGCUUUAAGCCGGUGAAGAGCCGUAAGAAAAUGCUUGACCUUCUGUACAGGUGCUGGGAGUCCAAAUACAGGAAAGACAUGAAAUCUAUCAGUGAUCCUAUCGAAGGGCCUAUGAAGAAUCAACUGGGUAUAUCAGGGGUGCCUCAGUCAGAUUCACAUUCGGCGGAGCAGAAAGAGGCAGCGCAGAAAAGCACUAUCAGGGCUCCAAGGUCAAAUGCGGAUGAAAUCUCGGAGCCCAAAGCAUCUUCAAAUCCAGUUACAAAGAAAAAGCCUACAUCGGUUUCUAAGGGCCCGAAAGGACGUACCAGAGGUCCAACACCCACUUCCAUAUCUCAAAGCACAACUACCGGACGGAAAGGUGCAAGCAAAAAGAAUUCAGAACUACCCCCAGCGUCUUCCACCUCGUUUCAGGACAUCGAAGAAAUCGAAGAUUCAGAAGAUGAAGUAAUUCCUUCUCCCUCCCGAGUGCAGAAUCGCUACAACGCUACCAAUAAUAAAACCGUUGGGAACAACUGCCUCCCCACCUCGACAACCCCACAUUCCCCAAACCGCAAGGGCCCCAAACGUGGACCUCAAUCUAUUAGUUCCUCUCUUUUUGCGGCAGAUCAUCUGGACGAUCUUCCCGAUCUCGCCGUGCAGAUUACCAGUGCGGUCCACGCCCAGCCCUUGUUACCCGUGGCAUCGAAGCGUCCAACAUGGCAUGAGAAGAUUCUCAUGUAUGAUCCUAUUAUACUUGAGGAUUUUGCGGCUUGGCUGAAUACAGAAGGCCUUGGUCGUAUUAAAGAGGAUAGGGAGGUCAGUGCGGGAUUUGUGAGGGAAUGGUGCGAGGAGAGGGGAAUAUGCUGUUGUUGGAAGAAGGUAUCUACAGAUAGAUAACUGUCGUCGCCAUUAUCCUAAUCAUCAAUUUUUGGUGUUGAGGUUGAUAUUGGCUAGGGCUUCUGUUUAAAUGUAUAUACGAAUUUAGCUGUAGAUAUUGGUAUACCACAUCUUCUGG